AUGCAAAGACCAGCACUAUCAAAGGCCAAGCCAAACCUCCUCCUGUGCUUCGACGCGUUCGGCACCUUGUUCAGCCCCAAAGACUCCGUUGCCCAUCAGUACGCCGAGAUUGCACGCGAAUGCGGUAUCAGCAGCUUCAGCGACGAUGAACUCCAGUCAAAUUUGCUAGUGGCUAUCAAAGAAGAAAGAAAGAAGAAUCCCAACUAUGGGCAGGCGACGGGGCUUGGUGCGACUGGAUGGUGGACAAAUGUGAGUAUAAUCCAAAAGACCUUCAAGCCACUCUUACAGAACAACCAAGCUUUACCCCCAACCUUGGUCCCCAAACUGAUGCACCGAUUCUCAUCAAAUGAAGGAUACACAGCCGAGGACGGCCUUGUUACCACACUAAGAGCCUUUCGCCAGCAAAGACACCCGCAGUUUGACAACGUUGUAAUUGGCGUAGUCACCAACUCAGACGACAGAGUGCCGAGCAUUCUGUCUUCGUUUGGACUAAACGUCAGUCCCCUGCGGUACGGCAUGACAAACGAGCCGGCUACGACCUCAGAGGCAUAUGACAUUGACUUUCACUGCAUGUCCUAUGAUGUAGGCGUCGAAAAACCGGAUAAGAAAAUCUUCAACGCCGCCGAGCUCAUGUUGGCCCGUGUUAUGACUUCCCGAAGUGGAAAGACUCCAACGGCAACUGAGUUGGAGAGUUGGCAGAAAGUGUAUGUUGGUGACGAGUAUGCCAAAGAUGUUGUUGGGUCUACUCGCGCGGGCUGGAAUGCGGUACUGCUUGAUGUUGAUGGGAAGGCUUCGGAUAUUACUCGUCUAGAGGAAUGCCGGCCGAGGCGUCUCAAUGAGCUGUUUUCGGAUCAUGCCGUUGUUAGGGUUCGCUCGUUACGGAGCCUGGCUGAGUGGAUGAUGGGUACGGAAUUGGGGGGAAAGUAG